UUGAUUUUAUUGGUAAAAAUCAACUCGCGUUUUAUUUUAUUUUUCUGGUCCCGUUUUUAUUCGUUUUUUUUUUCGCUUGAUUCUUUUCUUUUUUCUCUUCUUUUCUUUUCUUUCUUAAUUCUUUCCUUUCUCCAUUUUUUCUUUUUUCAUUCUUUCCUUUCUCCAUUCUCUUUAUUUUCAUUCUUUACAUUUUCUUUUCUUUCACCGUUUAUCGUUCCCUUUUCUUUACUUUCUUUUCUUUCCUUUCUCUAUUCUUUUCUUUCCCUUUUCUUUUCUUUCUCCAUUUCUUUUCUUUCUCUAUUCUUUUCAUUCUUCAUUCUUUUCUUUCCAAAUUCCUUUCUUUUCUUUCUCCUUUUCUUUCCUUUCUCUAUUCGUUUCUUUCUCCUUUCUUUUCUUUCUCCUUUUCUUUCCUUUCUCCAUUCUUUUCUUUCUCCUUUCUUUUCUUUCUCCUUUUCUUUUCUUUCUCCUUUCUUUUCUUUCUCCAUUUCUUUCCUUUCUCUAUUCUUUUCUUUCUCCUUUCUUUUCUUUCUCCUUUUCUUUCCUUUCUCCAUUCUUUUCUUUCUCCUUUCUUUUCUUUCUCCUUUUCUUUCCUUUCUCCAUUCUUUUCUUUCUCCUUUCUUUUCUUUCUCCUUUUCUUUCCUUUCUCCAUUCUUUUCUUUCUCCUUUCUUUUCUUUCUCCUUUUCUUUCCUUUCUCCAUUCUUUUCUUUCUCCUUUCUUUUCUUUCUCCUUUUCUUUCCUUUCUCCAUUCUUUUCUUUCUCCUUUCUUUUCUUUCUCCUUUUCUUUCCUUUUCUCCAUUCUUUUCUUUCUCCUUUCUUUUCUUUCUCCUUUUCUUUUCCUUUCUCCAUUCUUUUCUUUCUCCUUUCUUUUCUUUCUCCUUUUCUUUCCUUUCUCCAUUCUUUUCUUUCUCCUUUCUUUUCUUUCUCCUUUUCUUUCCUUUCUCCAUUCUUUUCUUUCUCCUUUCUUUUCUUUCUCCAUUUCUUUCCUUUCUCUAUUCUUUUCUUUCCCUAUUCUUUUCUUUCCAAAUUCCUUUCUUUUCUUUCUCCUUUUCUUUCCUUUCCCUUUUCUUUUCUUUCUCUUUUCUUUUCUUUUCUUUCUUCAUUCUUUUCUUUCCCAAUUCCUUUCUUUUCUUUCUCCUUCUUUUCAUUCUUUUUUCUUCAUUCUUUUCUUUCCGCUUUCUUUCCUUUCUUCAUUAAUUUCUUUUUUCAUUCUUAGCUUCCAUUUUCCUCUUAUUUUUUUUCAUAUUGAUUUUACUUUCUAUUCACCCUUGUUACUUUUUUGCUAUAAUUUCAUCUUUCUCUCUUUCUCUUGCUCUCCUCUCUUUUUUUCCUGUAAUGAUAUUUACUCUUCUCUCUCUCUUUUUCUCAUUGCUCUCUCUUCUCACUCGCAUAUCUGCUUCUUCCUCUUCUUUCUUUCUCACCCUUUCUUUUUGCUUCUGUUUCUCUUAAUCUAUCCUUUUCUCUUUCCCGCUUCUUUAUGUUCCCCGUGA